UAUGCGGAGCCGCGGAGGUGGCACGGAGAGAAGAGCGACGGAGCUGCCGAGAGCCGCGCACAGCUCUGCGUUCAAAUAAGCCCCGUACACCCUCGCCCCGCGCUAUCAGCGAUAACGCCCCUCUCCGUGUCAACACUGGGCUUUGGCUGUGGCAAUGAAUCACUGGGCACCUCUCGGUCAGGUCAGAACAUUGGGUUGAUGGGGAGGACGAGGGGCUGGGCCACGUAGGGCUGGAUGUGGGGCUGUAUAUGGGGCUGUAUAUGGGGCUGUAUGGGCACCCCCAGUGUUUUUAUCGUCCCCAUUGCAGGUUUUCCCACUAGGGCUGCAGUAAGGGGACAUUCAGGUGGUGCUGAGUUGCCUCUAAAAGCUAAAGAGUUCAUUAGCCUUGAUGAGCUGCUCAGGAAUCUGCAGCUUUGAUUUUUGUCAUCACAGGCUUUGGGAAGAAGGAGCUUUGCUUUAGGAACAGUUACACGUUGCCUUACAGCCACUGAUGGGGUCUUCCUCUGUGGUUUCUAAUACUGGACAGCCAUCUCUCUUUAAGCCUCUGAGAAUGCAAAUAAAGGAUGCUAAUGAACAAACACAGCUCCUAUCUGCUGCUGAGGCUUUGUCUCCCUCUGGUUGUUCCCCAUGUCUGUGGCCCUGCAGUGACUGAUGAUGGAUGCCACAAGGAGAGGUGUGAGCAGUGCUCGUGUUAUUAACAGCGUUUCUACCCUCAGUGCGGCGCUAAUCAAUUUCCCAUUUAUCAUGGUUAGACUGUUUUAUUUAAUCUUAUUUAAUUAAUGGCAAAGAGACCAGCAAUGAGGGGGUCCAUAAAUGCAUGGCAGCCGCCUGGAAUGCAAUAUAGUGGGAUGGAUGGAGCAGGGAUGCAGUGUGGAUGGGAAGCAACCUCCCCUCAUCUCCCUUUAUGGCACUUGACUCAUUACAAGAAAUCUGCUCUCAAGCUAAAAAUAGGUUAUUUGCAUUCUUUUUUUUUCUUCUUAUUUCCUUUACUUCAGCCACUUCCACUAUUAGCAAUGAGCGUUUUACAUCAUACUCGAGCAUCACCUUCUGAAAAGCCUUUUUCCUCUGGUUAUCAAACCCAUCUCCCACCUGCUAAUCUGUUUGCGUGUCACAUAAAGAGUCAAACCCUGUAACAGCAGCACUGAGAAAAAAAAUAGAUGUUUUUAUUUCAGCAAUGAGAAACAACCCAACUCCAGCUAAAUAUUUACCCACAGCAGCUGAUGGGUGAUGGCUGAGACCCAAUGGCAUCACCCAACAGCACCCAACAGAGCAUUUAUCCCUCCAUACCCAGAGCUGCUCUGCGUGCCCUCCUUGCAGUGGGCCAACGUUGGCUCACGGGAUCUGUGUGUGGUUGUAGAUUUCUCAGCCCAGGGUCCACCCAACAGCAGAGAAACACCUCAGGAUAUUUAAAUGAGAGCGUGUGAGCGUCAUGGAACCUGGUGCCAUCACCUCUGGGGGCAAAGCAAGACCGCAUCCGGCACACAGACAGUGAGCACUGCUGCACCAACUGCAGGCACCAAAAAUGCUCCAGAAACAUCCUUGACACCUGCAGAACAUCCCACCCAUCUGCUCUGUGCACCAGGAGGAGGACGGAGGAACGGAGGUCUCUGCAUCCCAGCAUCUCCUGCACCAAAAUAGGAAACGAGCCGCUCAAACGACGGCCAUUCGAGGAGGAUAUUUGGGGACAGCUCAUAUCAAUAAGGAAGGGGGAAAAAAACCUUGGCGAGACAUGGACUCCUAGCUCAGCAGGUACACAAGGGUUGGGUAAGUGGGAUGGUGCAGAGGAACGACGACACUCUGAUGCUUCUUUACUCUUGGAAAUACAUGGUUGGGAUUUUGGCCCAUGGGAUGGAUGGCGCCUUGGCUCUACCAACCUGCAUUUAUCACUCAUAUCGUUACGGCUCCUUUAAUCACUGUCUCUAAGCUUUAGAUGAAGAUACCUCUGCAUGAAAACCAAGUGAGCUUUUCUUCCCACUGAGCACUCGUGCAAUGAACGCUUUUGGUUGCCAUCCUUCAUUAUAAACCCUCUAGAAGUAUGGCCAAAAAUCCCAAGCCAAGGGGUCCGCUUCAGGCACACGUAUUAUCUGAUGUGCUAUUAUCUGAUAGCGCUUUAAGCCCUAUCAGCUUCAGCAGGAUUGAGGCUCUCACCUACAAUGAAAGCCGAGGAGCUUCAAGCACAGUUAAAGGGAAGUGUGCUCCUCCAUUUGCAAUGGGAUUUGAGCAAAUGAUUUCCUGCAGCACUUGGAAAAUCCUCUCCUAGGUGCCCGGCGGGCGGCACUGAAGCACCAAGCACAGCUUUGCCUUUUGGUUACUUUCUUCUAUGAUUUAUUUUUGUCUCCAGAUGAGACUUAGGGAGUAUUAUUUUUGUGGAUUGAAGAAAUGUGAAAGAGGAUUAAAGCAAGGAGGAUACAUUGCAGCUGGCGGUGAUGGGGUUGUUAUCAGCCCUGAAGCUCCGUGCUGGGAGCAGAUAGAGCUGAGGGGAUAAGAGCAGAGGGAAGCUGAGCUUGGGGGUGUUUGGGGCUGCCCAUCUCUCUCUGUCUGUCCCCAGGAACCUCAUGGACGUUGCUGGCACCGCUCUGACGGCGGAGAUGGAGCACUGUGAGUGGUGGGUGCCCGUCGCCAGCUCAGCUGUGUCCCUGCUGCUCUGUGCUCUGCUCCUGCUGGUGCUUUACAUCAUGCUCAGCAGGAAAAUAGACAGGCACAGCUGCAGCGCUCAGGUGAGCAGCUGUCCUGCAGCAGCACAACCCCAGCAGAUGCUCAGGUCUUCAGCUGGAGGAGAAGGGAUGCAACAACCAGAAUGUACGGGGAGCAGCGAGACGUCUUCAGAGACCUCAGAGGACUCGGACAGCAGCUCCCUGCACCCACAGGAAAGGAAAACCUCAAAGGAUGAUCUCAACUACACAUCCGUGCUGUUCUCGGGGAAGGGCCACAGGUCUGGUUCAUAUAGGAACUAUGAGAACAUGAAGGUCGGUGCUGAUUAUGUCAAUGUGGACCCGAAAAAGAAGAAAGCAGAUUUCUGGGCCUGCUCCAGCCCCGUGGCAUCCAAACCCAUCGAGUACACAGAGGUGAAGCUGUGACACUCCCUGGGGUCCCACGGCAGCUGUGCCCAGUUCCUCAUGAUGUUUGUGAAGAGCUUGCAGAGAAGUGCCCACGUGGUUCUCCCCUUAUCGAGGCACCGAAUGUCUCCGUGCUGUAGUCAUCGAGGAGAUGUGAUUGCACCCAUUGAGGGCAGGGCUGGGAUCGGGCACAGCCCAGCUCUGUGGGCACACAGUGACAGCCCUGUGCUCCCCUGACCCUGAGCAGACCCAGCUCAACACCUUCCUGCCAUCACCCUGCGGACCAGACCAGCAUCAGCUGUGACCCCAGGGAGCUGCUGUGAUUUGAAAGCGAUUACAAGCCAGAUGUGCCCAUCAGCUUCUCCUCCUCCCCCUAUUCCCUCUUUCAGAGCUGUUUUGCCCUUUAAUUAAAACCCGUGGUGUUGCUUCGUAUUGGAGAGCAUCAAUAAAUAUGCUGAACAGGUCGCAAUGGAAAGCUGUGCUCUGGGGUCAGGGCUGGGUUUGGUGCCCGUCUGCAGAGCAGCAAUGGGGAAGCACAGAAGGAUGGGAGGGAUAAAGUGCAUCACAUUGGAAUCCUUCCCUUGAAUAUAUUUGAGUUUUUACUUAACUUAUAAAGCAAAAAUUGAGGGGUGACCCUGCAGUGGUGGAUUGCGUGGAGAGGGGGUAGGAAAGGUUUCCAUUGUAUGAGAUGAAUGUAGCCCUGGGGCUAUGGCAGCUGAUAACUCCAUUAUUAUUUGUUCUUUCUGCUUGUUCUGAUGUACUUUCUAAUUGGACACACACACACGUGUGUGUGGAAGCAGUUAAGUACAGACAAGUGCCAGAGGGCAAACUGAAGCCAUGCACCUUCAAUCUGAUCUGUGCAUGUGAUUUGCAAGCCCUGCAGCCUGUAGGGUUGGGAGGUAUUUCUUUCCAUGAGAAACCCUGCUACCAAACCUGCAUCCAUGGGAUGAACAACCCCAGCACCUGCAGUGGGUGAUGGGAUGGAGCUCUGAUGCAGAUAAAGGAGAGUGGAGGCUUUAGGAUGUUUAAUUCAGUGUAAGAAGCUGACUGAGCCUCUGCUGUUUUCCCUUCCCUCCCAGUGUCAGCACUGCUGUCAUUGGGAGCCCAUUGCCUCCCAGGUGAGAAGCAUCAAUCAGGAUGAUGAAAGCAGAGGAGCAGCUGCUUUGGGACGUGUAUUAGGAGAUGAUGAAUGACAGGAAGGAUGUCUGCAGUGAUCCGUGCUCUCCCCACUAAAGCAAAGUUCAAGGCUUUAUGAUUAAAGGCUGCUCUUGCCUGCUUGAUAAUCAGGCCCAGGUUAUACCCAGAUACAGGGGAAAUUGGUUUGGGGGUUAUGUAUUGCUUCCAUGAGACAAUGUCUUAUUAAAGUGACUGCUAUUGAAGACAACACGUUUCCUUCAGUUAAAAUAGGUGAUGCUGGGUAUUUCUCACCUGCCUCGCUAUCAUUGCUUUUGCUAUUAUUACUGUUAGGUGGCCAACUAUGGGCCUCAAAGAGGUUGCAAGCAAGGACUUGGCUGCUAGAAGCCCUAUGGGAUGUGCUGCUCAGCACCUGAGCAACGUGCUUUCCUCUCCUGCUGUCAUUUUGUGCUUGUAAGAUGGAGAAGAGGACUAAAAUAAGCCCAAUUACGGCUCACUCUGGUGGUUUCACCAGUAGUUUAGCUCAGCAGAUCUGAAGUGCCAGUGGCAUUUCUACUUUCUGCCUGCACAAUAUGUGCAUGUCUUAUGUCCCCCCUCCCCAUUUAAGUGUGUGAAAAUCUCCUAGGAAACACAGCCCUAAUGAUCUGCCUCCUCCCCGUGCUGUGCUUCCUGCACAUGAAGCAGAAAGCUGCUCUCUAAAUAGACUGCCUGCUUCUCCCAAUGGAACGGCAGUGGGCAGAGGGUGGGGUGGUGCUGAUGGAGUUGUGGCAUUGGGUUGAUGGCUUUGUUUGCUGGCUUCCUGCUGGAGGUCUCAGUUCUUGGGGUGCAGUGCUCUGAUCAUUCCCAUUGC